UUGCGUAUCUAUCUGAAAUCUAAAAUCCUUAGGAGCAUCUUCUUUAGUUGGAUUUAAGCUCUACAAGAUGGAGAAACCCUGGAUCCAGCUUUUUUUCUUACUUGGACUAGUAUUGGUCCAUGGACUAGAAACUGAGGGGAUCAGGGACCAUCGGGAGGACAGUCAGGGUUCAUGGGGGAUCAGGGAGGAUUUUCAAUUCCCAGCCGAAACAAGUAACGAGAGAGAUGGAAAAUCUUUGGUAAACACUUUCCCCUUCAACCUUCAGGAAAACAAGGCUCUAACCUUCCCAUCAGCAAACCAGAUAGUUGAAGAUGAAAUAUCAUUUGAUGCUGUUGCUGCAGCAGGGUCCGGUCCAGACAAGAGGUGUAUUGAGAAGGUCAUUAUGGAAGAAAAAACUGAAUGGGAAGAAGUUGAAGAAUGUGAUCAUUCAUACAAUAGAAGAUGCCAUACAUCACAUGUUACAGUUUACACUGCAGCACAGGAGGAGGAGUGUGAGGAAAACUAUGUUAAAAUAGAGUAUAGUAGGAUGAAUAGUAUAAUAGUAUGCAGGCGAGGACUAGAGAAGGAUUGUGACAUACAAGGAGAAGAUAUUUGUACUACGCAGUACGAAAGUGAAUGUGUGACGUCACAGGAACAACACGAGGUUGAAGAUGAUAUUCCAGUUUGUGAAACUAUUGUUGACGAGAAGUGUGAAGAUUUUACUUCAGGCUACACUGCCUUUACUGAUUGCACCAAGUGGCCAAGGGAAGUGUGUUCACUGGAGAAGAAAACUAGGGUAAAGUUUACCCCUGUUACUAGAUGUGACAAGGUUCCUGUGACCCUAUGUGGACCAGCAGGUUGCGGAUUCAGGGAGGGAGAAGAGACAUGUCAGGAGAAAACACAAACUCUAGUUCAAGAUAAACCUGAGGAAUCAUGUAACCUGGAUCCACAAAGAACCUGCAAACAUGUUACUAAACUGGUUCCAGAACUCAAGGCGGUAGAGAACUGUGUUGAUGUUCCUAAAGAGAUUUGUGUUCGCUCUCAAAGAAACCCAAGAAAGAUUUCCAGUCCGGUGGUUAAGAAGUGGUGCUAUGGUAUACCCCCUCCUCCAACUACUUGCCCUGAUACCUGCAAACAAGCAGCACGGGAACAGAAAUGCCUGCCAGAGUGCCAGAAAUGGAAAAACGAUAGAAGUUGUUGCAAUGAGAAGACGGUAGUUUGUCCCUCUCAAUGCCUAGAUGCUGCUCUGAAAGGAGAGUGCCCAAGUAGUUGUGAGAAAUACAGGGGUAAUCCAGAAUGUUGUGGAUCUUGCUCUGAUAUAUGUUUAAGAGCUGCUAAGUCUGGCCAAUGUCUACCUGAAUGUGAAAAGUACAGAGGAGAUGUUAACUGCUGUAACAGCUGUCCAGACACUUGCAAGACCGCCGCUCUAAAGGGUCAGUGUCUACCAGAGUGUAAGAAAUGGGAAACGGAUGAAAACUGUUGUGCACCUCAAUGUCCUGACACAUGUAGAAGAGCAGCACAAUUAGGGCAAUGUUUGCCUGAGUGCCAAAAAUGGGGAACAGAUGAAAACUGUUGUGCACCUCAAUGUCCAGACACUUGCAGAAGAGCAGCACAAUUGGGGCAAUGUUUGCCUGAGUGCCAAAAGUGGGGAACAGAUGAAGACUGUUGUGCACCUCAAUGUCCAGACACUUGCAGAAGAGCAGCACAAUUAGGGCAAUGUUUGCCUGAGUGUCAGAAGUGGGGAACAGAUGAAAAUUGCUGUACACCUCAAUGUCCAGACACUUGCAGAAGAGCAGCACAACUGGGGCAAUGUUUGCCUGAGUGUCAGAAGUGGGUAACUGAUUCAACCUGUUGUGCACCACAAUGUUCUGAUAUAUGUCGCAAGGCUGCAAAAGAAGGCAAAUGUUUGCCUGAAUGUGAGAAAUGGAAAGGAAAUGCUGAUUGUUGCAAUGAAGUAACACUUAAAGUAAUCUGUCCGUCUGUUUGCCUUGAAGCAGCUCUGAAAGGGAAAUGUCUGCCUGAAUGUGAAAAAUUCAGAGGUGAUACAAACUGCUGUAAUAGCUGCCCAGCUACCUGUAAAACAGCAGCAGCUAAAGGUCAAUGUUUGCCUGAGUGUCAACUAUGGAAGGAUGAUUCCUCAUGCUGUGCUGAGUGUCCUUCAGAGUGUAUCGAAUCUGCUGCUGCCGGCCAGUGUCUGCCACAGUGUGAAAGCUACAACAGUCCUAAAUGCUGCUCUAAAUGCCCAGCAAAGUGUGUUGAAGAUGCUUUGUUUGGAUUUUGUUCUGCCGAUUGUAAGAAGUAUGAAGGAGAUCCCAACUGCUGUGCGCCCACUUGCCCGGCCAAAUGUACAAAUAGAAGACGUGGGUCCUGUCCGGCCACCGGGGCUUUGGAGUGUGGGAAUAUCCCAGGGUGUUGUCCAGAUCACUAUGAUGUUCUGUAUGGAGCAGUUUCGUUUAAGGGCGAAGGCGAUGAUUCAAACUGAAGAAGAUAGUUUUUAAACAGAAUCUUGUAAAUAUUAAAUGUUAUGUAAUAGCGCAGUUGUUGGUAGUGGAGUUUAUUGUACUUUAUUAUUUAAACCCUAGAUGUAUUAGACUAGAUAGCUCAUGUCGUCUUCACCAUACCUGGAUGUUUUGAAAAUAUGAAUUAAGCUCUGCACUAGCUACGUCAUUGUUGCAGUACAUUGAAUAAAAUGUAUGCUACGCACAAAUGUUUGGGGUGUUUUGUAUUGUUUAGAGGACCGGAGCCCAAAACUUAAGAAAGGGUAUCGUUACGAAAACCAGUUUUAAAACCUGGGUUUCACGAAUGGGGGGCAAUUUUGUGGAUAUCAGUAUUUAUGUUAUGAAAUAUUUUUUGUUAAUUUCUUAAUUUUCUCCAAUUUAUUCGAAUCUCUUAAAUCAAAAUCUACAAAAUGUUAAGACCCCAAAAAGGAAACUCAAUAGUUUCGUUCAACGAUACUCUUUUAAAUUUCGGGCUCGGUAAUACACACAAUUCAGAAUGACAAGAUACUGAUCAGUUAAAAAACAUUUUCAUUGACCUUUUUGUAUGACGAGUUCAUGAUGUACAAUUUUCAGCUGUAUAGUGAAGCCAUGCAUAAACAAUCUAUUCUAAUGUAUCUAAGAUUUAAACGAACAGAAGUCGUAAUUUUAAUGUAUCCUCCAUCCUGUAAAAGAGGGACAUGUUGAAUUCACACCGAUACCCUAGAAACCAUUAUCUGGAAUAUGACGUCGUUAUUCUGACUUUAGAUAAUUUCUCUCUGUUUUGUCUAAGACAUGAAAUGCGCGUCAUUUCUGCGGAUUGACCACAAAAAAAAAGCAUGGAUCCAUCUAUAAAUUCAUACUUGAUCCGACAUAGCUUUAAAGGUUGUUGUUCAAUAUCAAUCUUCAAGAAAAAAUAUAAUAAACAUUGUAAUUCGUAAAAUUAAAAUCUUUAUCCUUCUAAUUUGUAGGGUGCCCAAAUAAAUAAAGUAAAGAAAAAAUUAA